AAGAAGAAGAAGUGAUUAAAACUACAGUUAUUUUUAUUUCCCCAAAAAAAAUUAGUAAAAUUACGUGACAAGUCUUCCAGUGAGUCCUAAAGUAAAGACAAAGUGUGUAAGAUAGUAAAUGAAUAAAUCCCAUAAAGUUAAAUUAAGAUUCCGCAAAUUCAGUUAGUGCAAAAUCCCGGAAAAUGCUUGCCCGAUUAUCAUUUUAUCCUACUUUAUUGUACAAUGUCCUUAUGGAAAAAGCCACUUCCCGUCGGUGGUAUGAUAGAAUAGAUAGCAAUGUUAUCCUUGGGGCUCUUCCAUUCCGAUCCAUGACACAAGAUUUAAUUCACAAAGAGAAUGUUAAAGCUGUUGUCUCAAUGAAUGAGGAUUACGAGCUCACGGUCUUCUCCAAUACUGCUGAGAUGUGGAAGAAUCAUGGUGUUAGCUUCCUCCAGCUCCCAACUGUAGAUAUAUUUGAAUGUCCUGAUCAGACUAAGUUAAUGCAAGGAGUAACGUUCAUAAAUCACUUUCUACCGGCUGGAUCCAAGAUUCCUGGACUCGUAUCAUCAAAGAAUGAGUCAUCAGAUACACCCGGUACCGUCUACAUUCACUGCAAAGCAGGACGCACAAGAAGUGCCACUCUUGUAGGAUGUUACCUUAUGAUGCGAAAUAACUGGACACCGGAACAAGCAGUUGAGCAUAUGAAGGAAAAACGGCCACAUAUCCUUCUUCAUCGGCAACAGUGGAAAGCUCUUAGUGUUUUUUAUACGGAAAACGUCUCCGGGAGCGCACCACCAUCGCCAGAAAGUUCUCUCUGAGAGAUAUUUUUAAUUUUAGAAUCUCUUGAUCAAUACUGAAACACUCGAGAUUUAUUUUAUACAGAGAAAGAAUAAUUUAAUGAAAGUUUAAUAUAUUUA